AUUGAAGAAUCCGCGAAAACCCAGGCGGAGGAGAAUUUGUUGACAGUGGAUAUUCUUUUUCUUUGAGAGAGUGUUUACUUUUAAUUUAAAAUGGGGGAUGUUCAAGAAUAUGGCGACGUUGUACAAGAAAUUAGGGGAGCAUUGAAUCCUGGAAGGUUAAAAUUGCAGACUGGCAGUGUUGUCUUCAAAAACAAUAAAACGGGAAAAGUAGACCAGUUUCAAGGUGGUGAUGUCAGCAAAGUACAGUGGUUGAAGAGAGCGAAAGGAUAUUGCCUGAAGUUUAUUCUCACCACUGGUAUCAUUCACAGAUAUGAUGGCUUUAAAGAACAAGAAUUUGAAAAACUGUCAAAGUUUAUUUCAAACAGUUAUGCGCUUAGUCUGGAAAAGGUGGACAAGUCUCUGAAAGGAUGGAACUGGGGCUCUGCCGAUUUUGAAGGCAACUCAUUGAACUUCAAAGUGGACUCCAACUUGGCAUUUGAAAUUCCGUUGACAAAUGUCAUGAACUCCACAACUGCGAAGAAUGAAGUGACCAUUGAGUUCCAUCAGAACGAUGAUGCUGCAGUUUCCUUGAUGGAGGUCCGAUUUCACAUUCCUCCUGAUCCAGAUAACGAGACAGAUGCUGUGACUAAUUUCCACAAGAAUGUGAUGGAGAAUGCGGACAUUAUCCAGAUCAGUGGAGAGAGCAUUUGCACGCUGUCCGAAGUACAGUGCCUCACACCCAGGGGUCGUUACGAUCUCAAACUUUUCCCUGGCUUCCUGCAGCUCCAUGGUAAAACAUUUGAUUACAAAAUCCCAUACCAGACUAUUCUGCGCCUCUUUUUACUGCCACAUAAAGAUGGACGUCAGAUGUACUUUGUGAUCAGUUUAGAUCCUCCCAUCAAGCAAGGUCAGACCAGGUAUCAUUUCCUCAUUCUGCUCUUCCAGAAGGAAGAUGAGAUGACCCUAGAGCUGACUUUGUCCGAGGACGAGAUCAAGAGCAAGUAUGAGGAGAAGCUGCAGAAGGAAAUGUCGGGUCUGGAGUUUGAGGUGGUCAGCAAAGUGUUCAAGGCCAUCACUGGACGGAAGAUCACUGUGCCUGGCAGCUUUGUUGGACAUUCUCAAGCCCAGGCUGUCAGCUGCUCCUACAAGGCGGCCACUGGUCUGCUCUACCCACUAGAGAGAGGCUUCAUCUUCGUUCACAAACCCCCACUACACAUUCGCUUCGACGAGGUGGCUAAUGUGAACUUUGCGAGAAGUGCUGGAAGUACGCGUUCAUUUGAUUUUGAAGUGGACACGAAGAACGGAGCUACCUUUACAUUUGUGGGUGUGGAGAAGGAUGAGUAUGGAAAACUCUACGACUUUGUUAAGAGCAAGAAUCUUAGAGUGAAGAAUAUCGGAGACAAGGGAGGCAAAUCCAUCUCGUACAAUGAGAUGUCGGACAGUGAUGCUGAAGGUGGAGACCAUGAUGCAUAUCUGGAGAGGAUGAAAGCUGAGGGCAAAGACAGAGAUGAUGAUGACAGCGAUGACAGCUCAGAUGAGUCCUUCAACCCAGGAGAGAGUGGAAGUGAAGUCGCUGAAGAAUACGACAGCAACCCGCCCACCACCUCAGACUCAGACUCUGACAGUGACUAUAGUGGCGGAAGUGGUGAUGGAGAGGGAUCUGGUGCGGAGGAGAAGAGGAGAGCCAGGGAAGAGAAGCGGAAGGAGAAGGAGCAGAGGAAGAAGGAGAAGGAAGAGAAGAGGAAACUGGAGAGAGAAAAGAAGGAAAAGAAAGAGCGAAAACCAAAAGCUGCCAAAACAGUUAAAGAAGGAGGCUCCCGCAAGAGGAAGAACAAGAACAAGGACCCCAACAAGCCAAAGCGGCCACAGUCUGCCUACUUCCUGUGGCUCAACGAGCAUCGGGAACAGAUCAAGGAGGAGAACCCAGGCAUCUCUAUCACAGACGUAUCCAAGAAGGCUGGAGAGAUGUGGAAGGCCGUCACAGACAAGACGGAGUGGGACGAGAAGGCGAAGGAGGCCAAGGCAGAAUACCAGAAGGCCAUGGAGGAGUACAACAAGAACAAAGUCUCUGACAGCGAGAGUGAUGGUGAGAAGGAGGCGAAACCCAAGAAGUCUAAAGCCAAGUCCAAAAGCUCUCCCAAAAAGAAGCCGGAAUCCUCUGCUGGAGGCGGUGGUGGUGGUGGUGGAGGCAACAGCAGCUUCAAGAGCAAAGAGUACAUCUCUAGCUCGGGACUCAGCUCCGGGUCGAGCUCUGAGGGCAGCGACAAGCCUCUGAAGAAGAUGGCGAAGAAGUCGAAGAAGGACGAGGAGGAGGAGGACAGCCCGGCAAAGGCCACCGGGAGUGACGAGGAAAAGGGAAGUGAUGAGGACAAGAAGGAAGCCUCGGCUUCUGAGAAAGGGUCAGGGUCAGAGAAAGAAGCGUCUGGGUCAGAGAAAGGAUCAGGGUCAGACUGAGAUGGAAGAGAGGACGGAUUACCACACAUGUUGACCUUGACCUCACACUGACCUGUCCUGAGAGUAAAGGAAAUCAAGACAAGGCUCAACCUUAUGGAGAGGAUCAUAAACUAAGUUGAGAAAGUCUUGACUUGUAGUUGCUGGCAGGAUUCGGGGCUUUAAAUGUGUGGAUUGCAUGUAUGAAGAGUGUUUGUGUGUAUGAAUGUUGUAGAGAAGGAAAGAUGGAAUAAUGAAUAUGUGGAGGGGUCAGAGGUGCCGAUUUUGCGGAUAAAUCUGAAUUUCUGGAACUAUCGGGAUAGGUGCACUAUAUAUGGAGUUUUGAUACAAGAUGUAUUAAUAUUAUACGCUUGCGCCUUUCUCCGGGUUCUGAAAAAUUCAAGAUUUUUAUUUCCUGAAGUGCAAAUGUUAGAUGGUCAGUUAGUGCAAAUGUUGGUUGAUAUGAGUGUAGUGUCUGAUCUAAUUCUUGAUUAUUUUUGGGGGGGGGUUGGUAUGUGCUCAUAAGAAUGUGUCAUGUAUGUAUGUGCUCAUUUCAGUAACUUCAUGGUUAUUGAAUGCUCAUGUGAGGGUUUAAAAAAAAUCAAUUUCACGUUUUGUAUUUGUAGUUCAAUAUAACCAGGGCCUGGUUGAACUGUCGUCAAAGUUCGGGUGGUAUCGAAACUGGCCAAAUGCAGCAACGUACAAGCAUACUGUUAAAUUGCCUUGUUGUUUGGUUAUUUGACGAAAUCGUCGUGUCAGCUCUGUUGAUGUUGCUGGUUGUUUGAUGCUAUGUUUUCACAUGGACUGAAAAAUGUCACAAUAAAAUUGUUUCACUUUGA